CCCCAGGCCCGGCGUCGGCGUGGUGCAGGCCCAAUUCUCCCCCGGCUCUAGUCUCUGUCCCAUAUCGAUACCCCCCCCUGUCUCGUCGACCCCCGAGGGUAGCGAUCUCGAAGCCUCCGACCCGGAACCUCAGAUGAAGAAGCUCACCUUCUCGCAGCGCUGGAACCAGAAUGUCGACCCAAAACACACCGACCUGAUCUGCUUACUGCUGUGCUUCACCACGGGACUCUGCGACAGUAGUGCAUACAACGCGUGGUCGUGUUUCUUAGCCAUGCAAACGGGAAACACAAUCUUUCUCGGCCUGGGCGCCUCCAACCAACCCGCCAACAAACCGUGGGGCUGGCUGAAAUCCCUCAUGAGCAUCGGGUGGUUCUUCAUCGGGGCGCUGGUCUUCGCGAACCUGACGCGACGCAGCGGCAACCGCGCGCGGGGCACCCUGGUGCUCUCCUUCCUGGCGCAGACGAUCCUGAUCAUCAUCGCGGUGGCCAUCAUCGAGGCCGACCUGAUCCCGCACACCUCGACGGACAGCAAGCUGACGGGCGGCCGGCUGUUCCUGGAGCUGAUCCCCAUCGCGCUGCUGGCGUUCCAGUCCGCCGGGUCGAUCACCUCGUCGCGCGCCCUGGGGUACAACGAGAUCCCCACGGUCGUGCUGACCAGCGUCUACUUCGACGUGGCGUCCGACCCCAAGCUGCUGCAGGUGCCCAACGGGAACGUGAAGCGCAAUCGUCGGAUUGGUGGGGUCGUGUUCCUGCUGAUCGGGGCGAUUGCGGGCGGCUGGUUGAGUAAGACCUCGGGCGGGAUGGAGUCGGCGCUGUGGAUGGCGGCCGGGGUGAAGUUGUUGAUUGGGCUGGGGUGGUUGGUCUGGAAGGGGGAGACGAAGGGUUGAACCAGUUCAAAGGGGUAGAUCUGACGGAUUGAGUAAUGUUGUGGUUUUGG